AUGUCCAAGAGGAAAGCCUCAAGCUCAGGCCUCAAGGCUUCUUUACACAACUAUAAACGACCUCACUACUGGUUGAGAGCUGGCAAUGGGCUCAAUUUCCCAAAGAAGUUCUGGACAAAGGCUGCCAUAGAAUUGCAGAAGAUCCACCAGGUUAGCCCUGCGAAGGAGGCUGAGCACUGCGCUGGAAAAUGGGGGAGGCUGAGAACCACCUACCAAACUGUCAAAGCACUGUCAGAGCAGUCGGGCUUUCAUUGGGACAACAUUGCGGUGCAGAAGAAGCCUGGUGUCAAGAUUUUUCGCAACAAGGGCUGGACCCAUUUUUCAGCAAUGGAAGAUCUUAUGUGUGGCCAUUUUGCCAAGGGAGCAAACAUUUUUUACUCUGCCCCCCCUUCUGUACCUGUACCAAAUAGCCCUCCUGUGUCUAGCAUUACCCCAUCAUCAUCUAUGUUUCCUCCCCCUGUAGCUAUUACCCCACAAACGCCUAGGAGCAUUAAUACCAACAUGCAUUCCCAUGAUGCCAACGUUAACCUCUGGCUAGGGGAUGUACCAUCCCCCAAAUCAAUGCCCGCUCCCUCAACUUUAUCAUCAACUGCCUCCCGCGGGUCUUCUAGUAGCAAACAAAAGGAGCAUGACACAGAGUUGGAUGCCAAUGCAGAUGCAGAUGCCAUGUCGGUUGCCACUCGCAGCAAGAGCACAGGCAUGACUGUGCAUAGCCACAGCUCUAAAACUCCUCGUGUGGCUGCCAAUGCAAUGACUGCCACUGCUUUGACAGGGUUGAAUGAUAUGCUGGGUCAGAUUGUGCCCAUCAUGAAGGGAAUCACAGACACAAUCCGAAAUGAAUUCGACACCCCUUUAACAAAGCAGGGCAGUUCUUCUGCCGUCAUACCAUCAUCCGCGCCAGGGACAUCCACCAUCACUCCUUCCUCUUUCAUCUCCCACUACAACUUCGACAUCACUAAACAGCCAUCCCAUAUACGGAGGGGUAUUGCCAUACAAGCACUGCAAGAGCUUGAUCAUAAGCUUGGGAUUCCCAAGCAGGUUGAACUACUGCAUAUAUUUGAGCGUGAAAUUGGGGCGGUGGAUACGUACUUGAAUAUGUUGCAUGCAACAGAUUUGCAUAGGGCGUGGAUCAGUUCUUUCACAAAGGUCUGA